AUGAAACCCAGUAACGGAUUUAGCUACCUGCUCAUCCUCUUCGCGGUUACUAGCAUCUGCUUAUCUGCCCUUCAAGCUGGUGAGCAGACAUUCUCGCACUAUUUGGCCCGCGGUGAACGAGAUACCACCUACAUCCACGAAUUCGGCUCCGGACCCGUUCAAACCCGUGUCUACGUAAGAUAUGCGCGAAGAAACAACCGGCGCGCUCAGUACACAAUUUACGCCAACAACCCGACGAGAUUCUGGACAAGUAUCAAAUUGCAAGUGAAGAGCCGCAACAUCAUCCAUUCAUUCCGCGGUACCUUGAGGCCGAAUUCCAACUCACGCGCACUCGCCAAAGUGUACGAAAUGCCUCGGACUGUUCGGGUGGAUUACACCAUUCACGACUUGCCACAGGAUGUGAUCGAGGCAGCUGGACCUCCAGCCGACACCAUUCACAACUUGCCACAGGACGUGCUCGAUGCAGCUGGACCUCCAGCCGACACCAUUCACAACUUGCCACAGGACGUGAUCGAGGCAGCUGGACCUCCAGCCGACACCAUUCACAACUUGCCACAGGACGUGCUCGACGAAGCUGGACCUCCAGCCGGCUCCGAUACAAAGUACUAA